ACUAGACAUUGAGACACAGCCGCGGUGUUUGAGAGUAGCUAAAGUGCUCACUCAGACCAGUUUUAGAGAGGGGCGGAGGAGGGCUCGCCUCAUGAGGGUAUAACGGCAGUUAGGUUAAAUGGACGCCGCGGUGAAAUCGGAGACUGGUGCUCCGCUUUCUCAUUCACGAGUGAGCUGACUCUCUGAAACCGCUGGACGGUCCGUGUCUUCGGCGAUGCCUCCGCAGGGAGGUGGAGAAUACAAGCCGGCUCCAGGUACAGCAGUGCCGCCGGUUCCCCCGCGGAGACUCCGGGGCAGAGAUUUAUCAUCCGCGGUGAAGAGCCGCUUCGGGGCGGCAGCGGAGCGCAGGGUGAAGUGCGUGCUGGUUGGUGAUGGUGCAGUGGGUAAAACUAGUCUCAUUGUGAGCUAUACCACAAAUGGAUAUCCCACCGAGUAUGUUCCUACAGCGUUUGACAACUUUGCAGCGGUUGUAGCUGUUGAUGGCAAGCCUGUGAAACUUCAGCUUUGUGACACAGCCGGUCAGGAUGAGUUUGACAAGCUCCGGCCGCUGUGCUACACCAAUGCUGAUGUCUUCUUGCUCUGCUUCAGUGUGGUAAGUCCCUCCUCUUUCCAGAACGUGAGGGAGAAGUGGGUUCCUGAGAUCUGCCGGCACUGCCCGAGGGCACCGAUACUGUUGGUGGGCACUCAGGCUGACCUGCGGCAAGAUGUCAAAGUGCUCAUCCAACUGGCCCAGUACAAGGAGCGGCCGGUGGACCCCCAGGAGGCCUGCAUGUGUGCUGAGGAAGUACAGGCCGUCUCGUACAUGGAGUGCUCAGCGCUCACUCAGAAGAACCUGAAGGAGGUGUUUGACACGGCUAUAAUGGCCAGCAUCCAGUACUCGGACAGCCAGCAGCAGAAAAGACUGAAGAAGCGGACGCCCGAUAAAAUGAGGAAGCUCUCUGAGUCCUGGUGGAAGAAAUACUGCUGUUUGGCAUAGACGUAAGAAUAUGAUUGCAUACUGUUGAUAUGAAUGCGGUUAGACUGGAACCAGCUUUUUUGGAUAGAAAUGGACACAAGAUCCAUCUGCUUUAUGAGACUGUGUUAGUGGAUUAACAUGAGCACACCGGGCCGUGAAAUUAAUCGGACAUUUUAGAAAAGAUCGGCCAGCUUUUGUGAUGAAAUGGAAAGAUUCAUAGAGACCCAAAGUUGUCCGCUGUAUUUUAGGAUCUGCUCUUCAUUUGGAAAGUCCCAAGUUAACCUCAGAUACUCAUGUGAACAAUUCAGGGCGAGAGUCAUCUGUCUUUCUUUACCUUAUCUCUUGUUGAAGAGGGUUUCAAGUGGACUUGAGAUCUAGUUUCAAGAUCUAGUUUAGACUGCCAGAACUUUCCUUCUUCAUUUAGACACUGUGAAAAGCAACCUGGUCGGUCUCAGCAUGUUGUUAGUGUUUUAAUACUUCUUUUGCUUACAGAAUGGAAUUACUCGCCUUUGUUAUUCCCUCGUCUUGGAGGAUUAUUGAUCCAGAGUGGGUUCAGUCUGAUAUACUUAAGUGCUCCUUCAUGUAUCUGUCAAAGCAUUAAGUGUGAUGUUGAGUACAAGCAGAUGUUUGGACACACUAUCAACUUGACAUCACUGACAUUUACCUUGUUGUCCUCUGAGGGUGAAUGAUUGUCCAUUUUAGAGACAGCAGGACGCUGGCACAUCUCUCCAGGCUGUCUUGUUUACAUUUGGAGUUAAGUUCAGAUCCAAACAUGCUGUGAGGUCAGGGUCUUUUGAGAGUAAGUACGUACACUUAGUAGGCCAGUUGGAUUGUGUAUCUGGUCAUUGAACCUUGAGCUUCAUCAAAAACAGUGUUUUAAGUGAAGCAUUUCAGUGCUGUCAGGAGGAAUCUGACUGAGUCAGACGUUAUUGGGUAUUUAUAGGAAUAUACACUAAUGUUCAUAAGUUUGGGGUUGGUAAGAUUUUUU